AAAGACGUUGAUAUUGUAGACUAGAGUGUGUCCCUUUCAUCUUUCUAUCUUCCCUCCUUUUUCUUCUUUUGUAAUGCCGAUUCUGCUGAGUCUGAACCACCGCUCUGUCUGCUUAUCGCAGCAACGCGCACUCGCUCCCUUGCUCCUCUUCUUCUACGCCCACUCUCUCUCUCUCUCUCUCUCUGGCCUUGGCAAUUCUGAGAAAACCACAUGGCUCUGAGACCCAUCUUCCUCUUCUUAUUAUUACUAAGGAUCGUCUCUCCGUCGACUUCUCUUCAUCCCCACGACGGGAUUCGUCUUCUUUCCUUUCGCGACGGCUUCUCCAAGUCUUCCCUCCAUGCGAUCCAAUGGAACCGAAGCGACCCUUCCUCCUUCUGCCGCUGGCCUGGCGUCAUCUGCUAUCGAGAUAGCCUUUCCGUCAGAUCCCUCAACCUCUCUGGCUAUGGCCUCGCUGGAACCCUCAACCGCACCGCCGACCUCUGUCGACUUCCUCGCCUCGUUUUACUCGACCUCAGCUCCAACUCGCUUUCUGGAGCGAUCCCGCCCGAGCUCGGCAACUGCACGAGACUCGCGUCUCUGUACCUGAACUACAACCUCUUUGAAGGAUCGAUUCCGCACGAACUCUUUCGGUUGACGGAGCUGACGCUGAUCGACCUCGGCAACAACCAGAUCACCGGAGCCAUUCCUGGCGAGGUAAGCCAUUGGCGAAAACUCCAGUACUUGGGGCUCUACAACAAUUUCUUGAGCGGCGGGGUUCCGGAGGACGUGUUUCUUUUGCCCAAUCUUGAAUCUCUGUAUCUGAACACUAACAACCUCACCGGAGCAUUGCCGGAGUUCGGGGCCGAACAGUGCAGUAUAUCAGAUCUCUGGGUCCAUGAGAACAUGCUCUCUGGGACUUUGCCCCUUAGCUUGAGGAAAUGCCGUUCUCUUACUAACUUUUAUUCCUCUGACAACCGCUUCGUCGGAAAUCUCCACGAGUAUUUUGGCGAGCUUUUGAAUCUUGAAGUCGUUGAUCUCAGCAGAAACAGACUAGCAGGUGGGAUACCGAGAACCUUAGGAAAUCUACACAACUUGAAAGAGCUAGUGCUUUCUCAGAACAAUCUCACUGGGAGCAUACCUUGGGAGCUUGGUAAUUGUAGUCAAUUGACUGCGGUUUCAGUCUGGGGAAAUAGGCUCUCCGGGUCGAUUCCUCGCUCGUUUGGCAAUCUUGGUAAUCUGAGUGAACUGUAUCUGUUUGAUAAUAUGCUGGUAGGUUCUUUGCCCCCCGAGUUGGGGAACUGUAGCUCUCUGUUCGAGCUCAAGGUUCAGAGUAAUUUCAUCCGGGGACCCAUCCCGUUGGAGGUCUUUAAGCUUCGGAGUCUUCGGGUAUUUCAUGCUUUUGACAAUCACCUUGAAGGUGAAAUUCCUCGAGAGGUUGGAAAAUUGACGGAUCUUGUUGAGUUGGGUUUGUACAAUAACAGUCUUUCCGGGCGAAUUCCUGUCGAGAUAGCUGCUCUGAGGAAGCUGAAGUUUCUGUCAUUAGCUUACAAUAACCUUGCCGGGGAGAUACCUCCAGGCCUUCGUGGUGAUGGUCUUCCUUAUUUAGAGAAGCUGGAUUUGACGGGCAAUGGUCUCUAUGGCCGCAUUCCGGAUGGGCUUUUCACUUUUGAUUCGUUGGUAGUUUUGGAUCUCGGCGGCAACCGUCUAAAUGGCAGUUUUCCUGCUCCGUUAGGAACGUCUCGGUCCCUUAGGCGGGUAAUUCUGGCCAAUAAUCUCCUCGGAGGGAGUAUACCCGCUAAUCUGAAGCAGAACACGGGGAUAUCAUAUUUGGAUCUUAGAGGCAACUUGCUGGAAGGAUCAAUACCACCCAUUCUGGGCUUCUGGAGCAAUCUGUCAAUGUUAGAUAUCUCGAAUAACCAACUAUCCGGGUCUGUUCCCCGUGAGUUCGGUAACCUACACAGGUUGCAGAUUCUGAGGAUUUCAUCAAACAGGCUAAAUGGAAGUCUUCCUUCUGAACUGGGUAACUGUGAAAACCUUAUAGAAUUGGAUCUCAGUAAGAAUAUGAUGGCAGGGGCCAUUCCGACUAAGCUGACAGAUUUAGUGGGAUUGCAGAAGUUGCUGCUUCAGGAAAAUGGAAUCACAGGAAGCAUCCCCAACUCACUGUCAUCACUUCAAGGGCUUUUUGAACUGCAACUUGGAGACAACAUGCUGGGGGGUGCUAUUCCUGAAAGCAUUGGCAGUUUGCACCACCUUUCAUUCAUGUUGAACCUGAGCGGCAACAGACUUACGGGAGAAAUACCAGCUAGCUUAGGGAAGCUUGACAAACUUCAAAUUUUAGAUCUUUCAAACAACAAUCUCUCUGGAGAGAUCCCUUCAGGAUUGAGCAGUAUGCUUUCUCUUUCGUUCGUUAAUAUAUCAUUCAAUCAGUUAUCUGGUAGCCUUCCGUCUAGCUGGACGCGCUUACUGUCUUCAUCACCAAUGUCAUUUGUUGGUAACGUCGGCCUGUGCAUUGAGGACAAUGUCGGAAAGGCUUGCAAGAGAGAAUUGGAUCACGAUGCGAACAAAACAAGAAAGGAAGUUGCUGCUGGACUUAUUGGUGGAAUGUUCGUUGUGAUUAACUUAUGCGUCAUCAUAUAUUUGCUGGCAACUCGUAUCGUUCUUGUCCGCCGGGCCCUUCGUCAAGUUAAAACUCACGAUAGAACAAAUGACUACCUACCACAUAACCUGACGUUUGAGGAGAUAAUGGAGGUAACUGAAGAUCUUGAUGAAAAGUAUCUAAUUGGGAAAGGCGGCCAUGGGGCAGUGUACAAGGUAGGAUGUACUUCUGGGAAAAUUUGGGCGGUGAAAAAGAUGUGCACUUCCGAACUGGAGUUCACAACAGAAAUCAAGAUUCUUAGCAUGGUCAAGCAUCGUAACAUAGUAAAAAUGGCCGGUCAUUGCAUCAGGGGAGGCCUUGUUUUAGCAGUUUAUGAGUAUCUUGAAGGUGGGACUCUUUUUGAUCUCCUACAUGGCGUGAACUACUGUGGUGCCCUUGAUUGGGAUGUUCGGUAUCGUAUUUCCCUGGGCAUUGCGCAAGGCUUAUCCUACCUUCACCAUGACUGUCCUGCGCAAAUUGUUCACAGAGAUGUGAAAUCCAGAAAUAUUCUGCUGGAUUCUGAACUCGAGCCAAAGAUUGCUGAUUUUGGAACGGCAAAACUAGUAUGUGUUUCUGAGAGCUCAUGUUCAGGAUCCACAAGAUCAUCAAUUGUUGGCACUCUUGGGUACAUGGCUCCAGAAAAUGGUUUCUCGGCACGCGUAGAUGAAAAAAGUGAUGUUUAUAGCUAUGGAGUCGUCUUAUUGGAGCUCCUUUGCAGAAAGCUGCCCGUGGAUCCAAGCUUUGAUGAUGGUAUUGAUAUUGUGACUUGGGCUCAUAAAAACUCGGAUAAGAGCGAUGACUGUUGCCCGUUUUGUUUUCUUGACGAAGAAAUUAGUUACUGGCUAGAAAAUGAGAAAUGCAAAGCAGCGAAAUUGCUUGACUUAGCAUUAUCUUGCACACAGUGGGAUCGUGAUGUAAGGCCUUCUAUGAGGGAAGUAGUUGAUAUUCUAAUAAAGAUGGAUUCGGAGAAAGGUCCGCAGACUGAUGCUGCAGUGAAGGAUACCUCCAUCCUUUCUAUCCACGACAAGAUUUAG